AUGUCCGUAGAUAGCCAAAGGAACGCAGUAGAAGAUAUCGAAGAUUUAAUCUCCAAAGAGGAAUCGUAUUCUGUUGAUGUAAGAUCAAAAAUAUCAAGAAAUAAUGUGAAAUUGCGAUCGCGUCCAUCUAAACGGCAAGGUAAGAGCGAUUCCAAUGUUGAGGUGGAUGAAAAAGCUGUUGGAGACAGUAUCAUCCCUGGAACACAAGGUAUCUACAUCCGUACUUGGGGAUGUUCACAUAACAAAUCUGAUGGUGAAUAUAUGGCCGGUCAAUUGAGCAGUUAUGGAUAUAAAAUCACUGAAAUACCAGAAGAAGCUGAUUUAUGGUUGUUGAAUAGCUGCGCUGUCAAAAAUCCAGCUGAAGACAGCUUUUAUAAUGAUAUUCGUAAGGCGAAGGAGUUAAAAAAGUAUCUGGUUUUGGCCGGUUGUGUUCCUCAAGGUCAAAAAAGGCACCCCUUAAUGGAUGGUAUAAGUGUAGUAGGGGUUCAACAAAUUGACCGCGUAGUUGAAGUAGUUGAAGAAACAUUGAAAGGGCAUUCAGUUAGAUUAUUUGGACAGAAAAGAAAGAAUGGAAAAAAAUUGGGUGGUGCACCUUUGAAUCUACCUAAAAUUCGAAAAAAUCCACUGGUAGAGAUCAUUGCUAUAAAUACAGGAUGCCUUAAUGCAUGCACUUAUUGCAAGACAAAACAUGCAAGGGGAGAUUUGGGAAGCUAUCCCAUCGAGGAUAUAGUCGAAAGAGCAAAAACUGCCUUCAAUGAAGGAGUUGCUGAAAUAUGGAUAACUAGCGAAGAUACAGGCGCUUAUGGAAUUGAUAUCGGCGUCUCGUUACCGGAUUUACUAUGGCAGUUGGUCAAAGUCAUACCUGACGGUGCUAUGUUAAGAAUUGGAAUGACCAAUCCACCCUAUAUCCUUGAACAUCUAGAAGAAAUGGCUAAGAUAUUAUCUCAUCCUCGUGUAUACUCAUUCCUUCACGUACCUGUCCAAGCAGGGUCGGACAAAGUUCUAUACGAUAUGCGUCGGGAAUAUACUGUUACUGAUUUUGAGAAGGUUGUGAAUUAUUUAAGUGACAAAGUACCUGGUAUUACUAUUGCAACUGACAUAAUUUGUGGAUUUCCGACUGAAGAGAAAGAUGAUUUUGCGAAAACCUUACGUUUGAUUGAACGUCACAAGUUUCCAAGUGUAUUUAUCAAUCAAUUUUAUCCCCGACCUGGUACACCCGCAGCAAAAAUGAAACGUAUACCGACGGAAGAAGUCAAGAAUAGGUCUCGUGAAUUAACGCAGUUAUUCAAGUCUUACCGUCCGUACGAUCACAAGCUAGGAGAGAGACAAAGAAUUCUAAUAACGGAAUUAUCUCACGAUGGUAAUCAUUUCGUCGGUCAUAAUAAAUUUUAUGAUCAAGUGUUAGUUCCUAUGGAUAUGGAUCUACUAGGCAAAACGGUCGAGGUGGAUAUUAUAGAAACUGGAAAGCAUUACUUAAUGGGGAGGGUAGUUCGUGAAACACUUGUAAAUAUGCCACGCCUAUCGCUUACUUCGAAAGAAUUUGCUGCAAAAGAUGCCAACAGUACAGUAAGUAAUAUAUGUAUAUUGUGA